CAUAUCUGUACAUACACCGCUCAUGCAAUACAGCCCGUCUCCGCUCAUGUAUAGAGCUUAUCAAUUCUACAAUAGUGUAUUGGAAAUUUGACGUUUAACACGAUCAGAUGCAUAAAAAUUAAAUGUUUACUUGUGUGCGUGAACUGUGUGAUGGAUAAUGAAGUUUUUUAUCGUACAGGAUGUUCUAAGGCGAUUGAAGACUGUGUCGUCUGCUAACUAGAUGUAUCUGUCAAAAUGUAAUUGGCUUUGUUUGAUGCGUUCGUCGUCCUAUAUUUACGUCGCGUGUGUAUGUAAACAUUGUGUUUACAUGGAUGAAAAGUGAAUGAAACCGUCUGGACUUACACCAAAGGUGAACUAUUACACUAUUAACUCACGGGACACAAUGGGGGACUUAUUGUCCCCCAAACGACAGGAUGUAAUAGACCGACUCAAGCGGCGAUUCGAGUUAUACAAACGACGACAUAACGGUGUGCAGCAACGUUAUGAAUUCGGAAAGAAGGCUUUAAACGAACAGAGCAGUCAAAGCGCUUUGUUACUACGUCAAAAAUGGCUCGAGAGUAAAGCUAAGAAAGCAUCUAAAAGCAAAACGAAGUCAGACAACACAGGUUCAGAUCACCGUAAUCAAAUGGUGACGAAGAAGCUUCGCUCCAAAAUCGACAAAGCUGAGAGCAGCGUAACUGAUCUUCAGCAGCACAUCCAGACGCACGCCGAGAACGUUUACCGUUUUGACGAAGAUGAUGGCCCGUCGCCGGCGAAAACUCACGCGACAUCCACUUCCUGUAGCGCGUCUAACGUCGACGUCUCGGUGCAUAUAAACGUUCACCAGGUGACAAGCAGUGGCUCCAAGCAGGACCAGACGAUCUCCGCCAACGUCACCGUCAAUCAGACCGUGCGUGCGCACGUCGAGUCCGAGUCAGACAAAAUUUCGAACGUCGAGUGUAAGCAGGAGCCUUCUAGUGUUGAGACUAAGUUGAAUAAUAGCACGGAGGAUAAUAAUAAUGAUUCAGACAUUGGUCAGGACUUUGAAGAUAUUUUUAACGCAUUUGAAAAAGAAAAAGACAUUGAUCUCCCCACAGAAUUAAUCGACGAACUGAAAAAGUUUGAUGAAAUUUACAAUACUCAUGUGCAAGAAUCUGAAGGUAGUAGUGAAGCAGCGGGUUUGAAAACGUCCGAAAACAGCAAUAUGUUCGCUUCAAAUAUGUACAUGGAUGCCUCCGCCGGGCAGGGGCAGGUUCGAUCUCCGCCCUACCGUGGCGCUUCGGGACAGACUGUGAGCGCACCAAUCACGGAAGGCGGUCUCGCGGCAGAGACGCUUAAGCAGCUAGCGGCGCAACAUCAGCAGCACCAGCCGCAUGUCGCGAUGCAGCAGAAACAGUUCGGAAUGAAGUCGGCUAUAGAUCCGUUCAGUGACAUGUCCGAUACUGGCAAUUAUAGCACUGCACGGAACGGGUACCCUCAGGAAUAUUAUAAUACGAGCUCGGCGGGUAACGGGUCGUACCUUGGUCAAAACAGCAUCGGGUAUUCCAACAAGCCAACGAUUUCGGGAUACGGAAUGAGCCCAAAACAGAUGACGCAUUAUGCACCGAGUCCUGUUGCCGACACAGGACCCUCGUCUCUUCAACAACUGCAAAACCAGGUGGCUCAUUUUAAUACCGGACCUCAAAUGGAGAUUACCCAGACUCAACAGCUGCAGCUUUCCGACGGCUCACACCGCAUGCAGAUGUCUCAGACGCAACAGAUUCAGUUGCGACAGCAGCCAUUCCCAAAUAUUUCACUUACCCAGCAACAGGGUUUCUCUACGUCGCCCAACAUGGGCUCUAACACGUCGCAGUCUCCGCCCUACAUGGGGGACCCGAUGGGAAUGCAAUCUCAGCACGGGAUGGUGCACGGCAAGAUGCAUCCGGACCAGCGGCAACACAUGCCACCUCAGUACAUGGGGCGGCCGCCGCCCGAGUACAAAAUGCAGCAUGCCGCUAACGGCAUGUCCGGUAUGAACUCGAACGGUAUGGGACCAAAUCCAUUAGAGACUAUUCAAAAUAUGGUCAAUACUCAUCCGAAUCAGGCGUAUUCAUCAGGCGUAAAGAGUGAGUCUAAUGACAUUCAAAACGGAAUGCGAAGCGCUCAAAUGAGCGCCAUGCAACAGCAGCAACAACAUCAACAGAUGGGUAUGUCCAUGUCUCAGGCACAACUCAGUUACUCAAAUCAGUCCAUGCAACGGCAAGGCUCAUUUCCAGGCGCCAUGCCUCACCAGAUGGCUGCGCGUCCGCAACAACGUCCGAACACGCCGAGUUAUACAAGUGCAAUCAUGCGGAACCAAAGACCUCCGAAUGUGAACAUCGGCCCGGAUGGGCUGAACAUCUCCCAGCCACGGCACGCACAGGAGUGGGCGGCUCGAGGCAUGAAUCCCAUGGUGGCACAGGCGCCUCGCCCUGGCGUCCAGUCGACGUCGCCGAACAUGAUGCACUACCGGUCAUUCUCCACGGACGGUGCAGCGGCGCAGAUGCAAAUGCACCACCAGGGCCAGACGCAGCGUUCAAUGCACAUGAACUCGAUGCAGUCGCAACAUUCUGCCAUGAUGCAACAGCAGCAGCAGCACGGCAAUAAUCCACACGCACAGCAACAGAUGAUGAUGCAACAGCAGCAUCAACGGAUGCAGAUGUCGCAGCAGAUGGCGGCGCAAGGUCACCGCCAGACGCCGCCUUACGGCAUGUCGCAAGGCUACCCACAGACGAGCUCCUCCCAGGAUGACAUUCUCAACUUAUUAGACUCUGCCCCAAAUCAAAGCACGGACUUUUUCGACGUUCAGACGGGUGUCGGCAGUGCCGAGGCGAACUGGUAUGAUAUAGAGGAUAUUUUAGGGAACGCUGUGAAAUAGCGAGUUGACCUUGUUUUCAAGCCUUGAACCGUGUUCAGAUAUAUUAAAACUGGUACGAAUGUAUAAGGCGGUGGUUUUUAGUAAAACGUUUUAGUACGAUUGUGUGAAAUGAGAUGACGAGAUAAAGGGACGUGUUUUGAUACGCGGGUUCCAAUCCUGAUAAGCCACUGGCAGGGUGGGUGUAACAUUAAAUUGUAAACCGAAGGGACAGUGAUCGAAUGACUAACCGUUUGUUACGGUGAGCUAACGGUAUAUUUUAAACGAAAUGGUUUGUCGUCGUGUCGACUAAGAAGUGGAUGCGCUCCACUCUGCAGUCUCAAACAUGUUUCAUAGUCUAAGGAUUAUUCACAGUUGUUAGCUUUAAAUUAUUGUAAACGAGAAAUGUGUUAAGUCAUUACAUUGAUCUCGACGUUUUGAGUAUUCAUAUGGCAAUAUGCUGAAGUGCUAAAUGCAAUAAAAUAAAGCUAUACACAAGAUUGCAAGUAGAGCUGACGUUAAACGAUUAUUGUAAUAAUCAUGUACAUAGUGUACAGUAAUUAUAUUUUAUUUAGUUAUCAUCUUUGGUCUCAAUGUUUUGAGUUACGCCCCUAUGCGGACGUAUAAUAUAAUGUGGAUGUAUAACAAAGGUUAUCGUUUAUUCGAAGUUGACAACAACGCCAAACAAACUGAAAUGAUUCCAGUCCAUGCUUUUGGCAGAUUUUUGCCAAAAUAAAUGCUAACUGAUGUUUAUUUUUUUUUCGUAACAUAAUGUUGAUAUUUAGAGGAACAAUUUUAUGAUGUCCAUCGGUUUUCCAUUUUAUUUAAGUUUUAGAUGUAUGUAAGUCCGCAAAACUAGAUUGAUGUUAAAUAAGCUGUGUACAUCAAAGCGUGUACUGGACUUUAAAGAGGGUCAUUAUUUCUUUAAAGUCAAUCAUAUUUGAAAUUAUAUUUGUAAAUCAUCAUUUUACAUGCAAUAUAUGUUAGCAAAAUCAUCAUUUUACAUGCAAUAUAUGUUAGUAAAAUAUUGCGAAAAGAUCGUAAGCGUUAGGUCAAAAUAAAAAGGGGUCUUGCUAUGCAUUCAUGUUUUUUAACAUUUUGUUUUAGAAGAUACUGAUUUGAUCUUAACAAAUAAAACAAUUUUUUUAUCUCAAAGUGACUUUUUUAAUGCAAUAAGAUCUUGGCAAAUAGUUGUCGAAUAAUGAGUAUGUAUUAAGUACUUAUAUCAACUUCCGCGGGCAAUUCACCGGAAAACAUAAAAAUGUUAAAAAAAACUGGUUUGCAUUUUAUUGUUAAUUGGCUAUAAACAUGUAUAUUUAAAAGGUUGAAUGCACCGCAAUAAUUUGGUAUGUGUUUAAAGCUGUGAAUACCAUUGUACGUACCAUCAAAGGCUUAACAUUAUUUGUAAGUUUUACAUUUUAUGAAUUUUAUUUUAAAUAAUUUGAUGUACGUGUACAUAGCAUUUAUUUUGUAUGAUGUUAAAUACAAAUAUUUAUUAAUGAUGUAUUGUGUUAACGUUACACGUUCAUCGGUAUAAAUGUCCUGUAUAUUACUAUUUCUCAAAAAUUGUUAUUUUAGAAAUUAAAUGAAAUACCUUGUUUCGUGUAA